UACAAAAGUUAUAUUUCACUAAAAAAAAAAUUAAGUAGAACAUUGAGCAAGGCAUGGUGCUGUCUGCCAAAUCGUCUCCCAUCCAGAAGUGCCUUCUGGUCUCUUCUCCCUCAUGUGUUCCCACCUCUCUAGCUUAGCUAACCCAUUAUCCUUCUUUUUGUAAAGCUUGCUAAGCUGAGGGUUAACAUGUUAGUGUAUUAAUCCCAAUAUAGCACCUUCCAAGAGCUUCAGCCCUUCAGAUUUAAAUACCCACUAUCUCAGGCCAUAUUUUGUUUGUUUUUCCCAAUAUAGACUGCAGUUUGUUCCAUUUUAUUGCCCGCUUUUUUUUUUAACGUUUCAGGUUUUAUUUCUACACUCCAAAAAUUGAAGAAUUCCAAAGAUUGACAUUUAUAUUACAUCAGUCUAUUUACUAAUCUCACAUAUUACCAAGUUGGCAUCCUUCCACAGCUCUGAGUGCAGCGUCCUACCAAUGCCCUUGUUAGCAGUCUGGUGGCUUGAGCCUGGGUGUUUGAGCACCUGCAGUGGUGAAGAGUUUGGGAGCUGCCAGCAGGAAGAGAGGAUCACCCAGGGAGGCAGACGUGGCCUGAGCUAUUCUGAUCUCCAACAGCUCCUGAGUAUUAAAAUAGCUGGUCCCGAUGUUUUCAGUUCAAAGAGCCUUGCCCUUCAAGCUCAGAAGAAGAUUCUGAGCAAAAUAGCCAGCAAAACUGUGGCCAACAUGUUGAUUGAUGACACCAGCAGUGAAAUCUUUGAUGAGCUCUACAAAGUCACCAAAGAGCACACCCACAACAAGAAGGAAGCCCACAAGAUCAUGAAAGACUUAAUCAAGGUGGCAAUCAAAAUUGGGAUCCUGUACCGGAACAACCAGUUCAGCCAGGAGGAGGUUGUCAUUGUGGAAAAGUUCAGGAAGAAGCUGAACCAGACCGCCAUGACUAUCGUCAGUUUCUAUGAGGUGGAAUACACCUUUGAUAGGAACGUGCUCUCCAAGCUCCUACAUGAAUGCAAGGACCUGGUGCAUGAACUGGUGCAGCGACACCUGACGCCCAGGACCCACGGGCGCAUCAACCAUGUCUUUGACCACUUUGCUGAUGUGGAGUUCCUCUCUGCCCUUUAUAAUCUGGAUGGAGACUGUAGGUCCAACCUCAAGAGGAUCUGUGAAGGAAUCAAUAAAUUGCUGGAUGAGAAAGUCCUUUGAAUGCCUUUCCUCCUUCUGGACUUCGCUGCAGUCAAGUUACAGCACCCAAAAUGGUCCAGUUGAGAAUCAAGAAAACAAAAAGAAACCCUUGUCAAAGACACCCAUGUUCUGUCCUAGUCACCUAUCUGAUGUUGAUGCUGAAUUAAGCUCAGAUGUGUUUAUCCCCUGAGCUUGCUGAUGAGGCCUGCACUUAAAAACACCUUGCUGGCAAGCCCAAAAGAUAUUUCAUCUAUUCUAGGCAGCAAGGCUGCCCUGCUCAUCAAGAUGGGCUCAGUCCAUCUUGUGGAGUGGAAGGUGCUCUGGACCAGGAAUUGGAGGAUAUGGAUUUGGUUCCCAGCUCCAGUAGUUACAACGCCAUCUUCUGCAUCCAGGAACCAUGAUGGCUGCCUGCCUGCCUCCCAGGGCUGCUAGGAGGAUCAGAUGAGAUGAUGUAUGUUCAUGCUUUUGAAAACUCUAAUGUAAGGUCUUACUAUUUUCUCCUCAGAGUGUGAGAGGGAUCAACCUGGAUCUAGACUAUUAAGCAGCAGAGAAGAACAAUAGUAUCUAAUGGGCUGGGUUUGCAAUCUGUCUCUAGGUGUGCUGUUUCAUACAAAAUAAAAAUGAAUCCAAAGGUGUGAAAAAGAAGAGCUGCAAAUUGAAAAAAUGUUUUUGAAAAGCUGUGUUUUUUAGGUCCUCAAUGUGCAGGUUUAUGAUCCUGCAGAGGUAAACUUUCCUGGAGUGGGUGGAAGGAAAGUUUCCCCAAUAACACAGAAACAGAGAACUGUGCUCCCCCUGUAGGACCAGCCUUCCCCCAUCUACAGCAUCUGUGAGGCACAGGAAGGGUUUACUCUGGCAUGCACCGGAGAGUUGGACAGAAUGAAUCCCUAUCUGGCUUUCUUGGCCUUUCACAGUAAUUUUGUGGUGUUUUCUCUGGUUCGUUAAUAAAUUGAAACUACCCUUCAAACAACAGGUUUUGGAGUUGUGAUUCAAAAAUAAAAUUCCUUGGAGUUAGAUACAGUGUUAAGAAUAAAGGGUAUGAAAGGAACAUAAAAUGAAGAGUAAGGGAAAGCCUACCCCCAGGCCCUAAGGGUAAGAAACCCCAGCGGGAGCACCCAUGGGGUGGGGCCUGCAUCCUGGGUCACUGGGCAGCCAGCUCCUCGACAUGGUGACUGCCUUCUCUGGGUGUCUCUCAGGCUUGCUUUAACACUGGAUUCUGAUUCUUUUCAUCAUAAUCUUAACAGACAUCAGAACAAUAUAUUUACUGCCUUUCAUGUUGUCUAGAGGACACAUACCACAUUAGACUUGCUCUCCCUACAUCACCUCCUAUCCUGCUAUGUUUCUCUUGUAUUGGGUGACAAUUUAAAAAUACCACUUUAGUUCAUCCCCAUGGGUUCAUCCCAUCCUCUGGUCUCUCUCUGACAGGGGCAUCAAGAAAUGGAUUUGUGGGAGGGUAUAAGCAACAUGCCCUGAACUGACAGUGGCCAUUCAAUCUUAACUGGCUCCCAUGUCAACCUGAGUGAACCAUCCAGUUAAGUUCUUCAGCCACCAGCUCACAAAAUUAGUUCAUAGGAAGGAUGUCCAGUAAGGAAUAGGGAAUAGUCAGCCUCUGUUCCCCACAUCUGACAAACAUGACCUAGCCCCUCCUCGAAGACCCAAGAACUGGACAGUAAUGCCUGUGCACAUCUGCACUGGGCAGGUUGUUGGUCAUCCAGGCAGUGCUCGUGAGAAUGGCCUGAUAGGCAGCAAAGCAGCCCAGCACAUUUUCACAUACAGAGUCCUCAAUGCCCACCUUGGUGUACUCUUCUGGUUAAGGACUGCUUUCUAACUUGAGGGAUGGUUCUACUAGCAGGUCCUUUUGCCCUUAAGUAGGUGAACCUAUCCAGUCAAAUCA